AUGUUGUAUUGGGCAACAAAAAUAAUGGAUAAAUCAUCUGAGUUCAGGGUUGAUAAAGGGAGUUGUUUAUUGCUUCGCUAUGCAAGUCAAAAUUCACUUGAUGAAAGUUCUCAGAAGCAGAUUCCUAGAAAUAGUUUCAGAGAGAAACCACCAUAUCGGAACCAUUCCCACACCCAAAGGGCCUUCGAGGUUUUCAAUAUUAUGAGAAAACAGCAUUUGCUGUGCGAUGUUCGACUUGUAGCUGAUUCCCUUGAAGUACAAGGCCAUAAAAUGGUUUUAGCUGCAGCAUCCCCCUAUUUUCAUGCUAUGUUUACCUCUUUUGAAGAAAGUCGUCAGGAAAGAAUUGUUCUUCAAGGUUUAGAUCCAUAUGCGCUGCAGUUGUUAGUAGAUUACGUUUAUACUUCUGAAAUUCAUGUUACAGAAGACAAUGUUCAGGUAUUAUUACCAGCAGCUAAUUUACUUCAACUAUCAGAUGUCCGUGAUGCUUGUUGUGACUUUCUUCAGUCUCAAUUGCAUCCAACAAACUGUCUAGGGAUUAGGGCAUUCGCUGAUCUUCACGGUUGUCUUGAUCUACUUGCUGCUGCUGAAGCAUUUAUUGAACAACAUUUUUCGGAAGUUGUUGAAGGAGAAGAGUUUUUGGCCCUAUCUCAUCAUCAAGUCUGCAAAUUGAUUUGUAGUGAUAGGCUUGAAGUUCAGUCUGAGGAGAAGGUAUUUGAAUGUGUCGUGAAUUGGGUAAACCAAGACCUUCCAGCAAGGCAAUGCCACAUGGGUGAGCUAAUGGAGUACGUGAGGCUGCCGUUGUUACCUCAGGAUUAUCUGAUGCACCGUGUUGAAGAGGAGCCUCUCUUGCAGGCCAACCUCAAGUGCAAGGAUUACCUGAUAGAAGCUUUGAAGUAUCACCUACUCAAGGGGGAGCAGAGGUUAUCUCUUAAUACCCCUCGCACCAAACCUAGGCAACCUAUCGGCCUUCCAAAGGUGAUGCUGGUUGUGGGUGGACAAGCUCCUAAGGCUAUCAGGAGUGUCGAGUGCUACGACUUUGCAACUGAAACUUGGGUAUCUGCUGCCGAGAUGCCUGGAAGAAGGUGUAGGGCAGGUCUAGUUGUCCUUGGAACAAAAGUCUACGCAGUCGGUGGUUUCAAUGGAUCUCUCAGGGUGAAGACUGUCGAUGUUUAUGAUAUAACAACAGACAGUUGGAGCGUUGGUGUAGGCAUGGCUGCCAGAAGGUCUACUUUGGGUGUAGCCGUUCUCAAUAACUGCAUAUAUGCUGUUGGUGGUUUUGAUGGGUCCACUGGGUUGAAUAGCGCGGAAAUGUUUGACCCUAGAGAACAAACAUGGACGAUGAUUGCAAGCAUGUCUACUAGGAGAAGUAGCGUUGGUGUUGGAGUUGUUAAUAAUCUUUUAUAUGCUGUUGGAGGUUAUGAUGGAGCUUCUCGUCAGUGUUUGAGCUCUGUCGAGUGUUAUAAUCCUGACAAUGAUGAGUGGGCUUCUGUGGCUGACAUGGCUGCUCGGAGAAGCGGAGCAGGUGUAGGCGUUUUGGAUGGAAUCCUUUAUGCUGUUGGAGGCCAUGAUGGUCCCCUUGUCCGAAAAUCAGUUGAAGCAUUUGACCCAGAAACUGGUUGUUGGACCCCAGUAUCUGAUAUGGCGCUCUGCAGGCGCAAUGCAGGUGUGGUGGCUUUGAAAGGUCUUCUAUAUGUUGUUGGUGGCGAUGACGGCACGUCCAACCUUUCAUCCGUUGAAGUUUAUCAUCCAAAAUCGAAUACUUGGAGUAUGCUUCCGUCCUGCAUGAGUAUUGGGCGCUCCUAUGCUGGCGUGGCCAUUAUCGACAAAUUGAUGAGAAAUAUUUCUGAAGAGUUUUCUGAAAAAAAUAAAUUUAACCGUCCUUUGGAAAAACUUACUCUAAGAAGAUCUGUAACCAGAUUAUUGACUGGCUUGAUGGAGUAUUCAAACGAAAUAUGA